AUGCCCAACACUUAUAGAACAACAGACGAAAUAAUUGCACAGCGAUUGGACGAUGGAAGAGAUGUUCAUCUCAAUCUGGAGAAGAUGGCUCUUCUAGCAUCUGGAGCGUUCUCGAAUGUCUACGCUGGAGUUGCAAGAACGGAAUCGAAUCAUCAGUUGGAUAUUGCGAUCAAAAAGACAUGGCCACGUCAUAAAGGAGCUCCAAUGGAAGUGAAAAUAUUAGGAAUUCUGGGAAAACUGAAGCAUAAAAAUGUGGUUCGACUACUGUACAGUUACCAGAAAGCUCAUGAAGAUCGUAUCUGUCUUGGAUUGAUAUUCGAGUGUAUUCCAUCGAAUCUCCAUCAAUUUAUGAAGGAAAACAAUCGGAAAAUCGAUUCGGUCGAGAUCAAAUUGAUCACGUGGCAACUGUUUCGUGGUCAAUCGCAUCUUCAGAAGGCGGGAAUCUGUCAUAGAGAUAUCAAGCCACAGAAUCUUCUGUAUGACACUAAGACUGGUCUUCUCAAGAUCUCAGAUUUCGGUUCUUCGUCGAUUCAGUCUUCGAGAAGUACUCAGCAGAGUUACCACGUCACCAGAUACUACAGACCGCCCGAGUUGCUCUUCGGAUCGAAGAAUUAUGGAUGCGAAGUCGACAUUUGGUCAUGCGGAUGUGUAUUCGGAGAACUCCUCAAAGGCGGAAUCUUCUUGGCGGGAAAAUCGGCGACAAAUCAAGCGGAGAUCGUAAUGGAUGCGAUCGGAAUUCCAACAAGAGAUGAUUUGAGUGCAAUGAAAGUGAGCAGUUCGAAAUAUAAGGAGAUCAUGGAGUCGUAUCGACCGGAUCACUCGAAAGUGACCGCCAAUUUCACGUAUCUCUAUCAGCAGACUCCAGUGAAUAUGAGGGAGAGAAAGAGUUCGGUUUUCAAUGAGAAAGUGGGUCUAGAAGAUAUGAAAGCGGCGACCGAGUUGAUCCGACAGAUUCUGGUUUACAAGCCGGAGAGCCGCCUCGCUGGAUUGGAGCUUCUGAAAAAUCCCUUCUUCUCUGAAAUCAUGAAUCCCAACACGUGUCGUUUCAAUGGCGAGAAGAUUAUUUGUCUGUCGAGACGAGACUUGAGAGAUGUUGAGAAUGGAGAUGUUACGACUUCACUUGAUGCGGGCGAAUGA